UGCAUGCCGGCACGGGAAUAUCCUAUAUCCUCAAAUGUGAUAAUAACAAUCAAACUCUACAUAUUGGUUUCGCAGUGCGGUGAUACUCAGACGGUGGAAAUCAAUGGCAGCUACAUUCACCAUCACAACAACAGCGGCAGCAACUCUCUCAAAUGUUUCAGGAAACAGGAGCAGAAUCAGAGGUUUGAACCCUAACCCUAACGCUAUCAACACCAGUUCCAGUUGCAGUGCGAUUGCUACUUCAUCGAAGCACAGGCUCCUCGGGGGGAUUCUUCAUCCGCGACUGAAUGCGAUUCCGCUCGUAAGAACCACGAGGCAAAGGGGUUUUGUGCGGGCGAGUUCGGAGGAUGCACCACUACAGUCCAAAGUAACUCACAAGGUGUUCUUCGACAUCAGCAUUGGAAACCCCGUUGGGAAGCUUGCUGGGAGGAUUGUGAUUGGACUGUUCGGUGACGAUGUUCCUCAAACUGCAGAGAAUUUCCGCGCCCUCUGCACCGGAGAGAAGGGUUUUGGUUAUAAGGGCUCCACCUUCCACCGUGUAAUCAAGGAUUUCAUGAUUCAAGGAGGAGACUUUGACAAAGGAAAUGGAACUGGAGGCAAAAGUAUAUACGGGCGCACCUUCAAAGAUGAGAAUUUUAAACUCUCUCAUACUGGACCUGGAGUUGUGAGCAUGGCAAAUGCAGGCCCCAACACAAAUGGAAGUCAGUUUUUCAUUUGCACGGUGAAGACACCAUGGCUGGAUCAGAGGCAUGUUGUAUUUGGCCAAGUUUUGGAAGGCAUGGACAUUGUUAGGCUGAUUGAAUCGCAGGAGACAGAUCGGGGAGACCGUCCAAGAAAGAAGGUUACCAUCAGUGACUCUGGUGAGCUUCCAAUUGCUUGAUGCGGUGGUUGUUUGUUUGUUGAUCCUCGCUUCUGAUUGGCGGUUGCUCGUCGACAAAGGAUGGGGAGAGUAGAGAAAGAAAGGAG